CAAACUGCGGCGCGAACUCGGGACGGGCCCGCGCGGGGGCUGCGCGCCCGCGCCCCGCCGCGCCCCUCACCGCGGCCUUUGGGCGCCGGCGGAAAACCAGCCCCAAACCGUGACUUUUUAAAAAUUUCCCCCCCCCUCUCCUUUUUCCCUUUUUUUCCCCCCCUCCCCCCGGGUUUAUCCGCGGCCCGCGGGCAGAGCGCGCUGUUGUCGGGGGGGGGGGGGGCGUCGCGUUGAGCGGCGCGCAGUUUGCGCCGCCGGGCCGCGGCCGCGGGAGGGGAGGGGAGGGGGGGGAGAGGGUCGGGCUUCACCUCCCUUCCCCUCCCACCCAAAGCCCGGCGGGUCCUGCGAGCAGCUGGGGAGUUACGAACCGCCGCGAAGGAUAAUUUUUUUUUUUUAAAGGAGGGGGGGGAAAAAAUCACUUUUUCCCUUUUUUUCCUGUUUUUUAGGGAAAGAGCGAGCGGCUCCGCGGGGGACCUCUCCGCGGGCGCGCAGGGGCGGCGCAGCCGCGGCGCUCCGGCCGCCAACUUCGCGGCGCUUCUCCGGGCAGCGGCUCCAGUCCGGCUUUUCGGGCGCUCUCGCCGCGCCUCGGCCCCCCCCCCCCCCCCCCGCUCCCCCGGCGCCCCCCUGCGCGCCCCCCCGCGCCCUCCCCGCGCCCGCGGCAGGUGAGUCCGCCCAUCGCGCCGGCCCGCGCCAGGUACCGGCUUUAUUUGCGGCGCGGCGGCGGCGGCCCCGGGGGUGCGGGCAGCGCCGGGCACCGCGGCCGGCGGAGCGGGGGGCGCCCGGGGGGGGCCCGCGCGUGUGCGCGCGUCCGCGCUGCCCCGCGGAGGCCUCGUGCCCGCGCCCGCCGCGCGCGCGCCCGCGCAGGAACAGCCCCCCCCGCGCCCCCCCCCCGGCCCCCCCCCCCCCCCCCCGCCGGCGCGCACCAUGUUCCAGCCGUCCGCGAAGCGCUGCUUCACCAUCGAGUCGCUGGUGGCCAAGGACGCGCCGCUGAGCGCCGACGAGCCGCUGCGCCCCGCCGCGCUGCCCUACGCCGGCCCCGGCCCCGACGCCGCCGCCUUCGCCGCCGGCUUCGCGGGAGCCGCCGGGCGCUCGCUGUACGGCGGCGCCGAGCUCGUCUUCCCCGAGGCCGUGGGGCACCCGGCGCUGCCCGUGGGGCCGCCGCAGCUGCCGCCGCCGCCCGCCUUCUUCGGGCCGCAGCACCGCGACCCGCUCAACUUCUACCCCUGGGUGCUGCGCAACCGCUUCUUCGGGCACCGCUUCCAAGGGAGCGAGGUGGCCCAGGAGAGCCUGCUGCUGCACGGGCCCUUCGCCCGCAAGCCCAAGCGCAUCCGCACGGCCUUCUCGCCCUCGCAGCUGCUGCGCCUGGAGCGGGCCUUCGAGAAGAACCACUACGUGGUGGGCGCCGAGCGCAAGCAGCUCGCCAGCAGCCUCAGCCUCUCCGAGACCCAGGUGAAGGUGUGGUUCCAGAACAGGCGGACGAAGUACAAGCGGCAGAAGCUGGAGGAGGAGGGGCCCGAGGCGGACCAGAAGAAGAAGGGCUCCCACCACAUCAACCGAUGGCGGCUGGCCACCAAGCAGGCGGGCGGCGAGGACAUCGACGUCACCUCCAACGACUAGGGCCGGGCCGGGGGCCCGCGGCCCCCGCCAUGCGCAGGGACCCGGGGCGGCGCGGCGCCCCGCGCCACUAACUCUAGCCCGGCGGCCCGGCCGCCCAGAGACCAGGGUGAGGGGCACACUCCGCCGCAGCCCGGCCCCCGGCCCCCGGCCAGUGCAGCACCCCGGGGCGCCCCGCGGAGCAGCAGGAGGAAGAGGAGGAGGAGGAGGAGGCCCAGCGCCCCCGGGAUGCCGCCUUCCUCCGAGCCGGACGCCGUCCGGCAGCCGCGAGCUCCAAUAAAAACGUCCUACCUAGACGCUCGAUGUCCCCAACCCUUUUUCUUUCCCCCCGUUUUUUUUUCUCCCCUCCUUUCCUUUAUUUUUUUUUCUAUUUUGUCUUUUUUUUAACGCGUUUCGGGUUUAAUUUAUUCUCUCCUCCCCGCGCCCGUGUGCGCGCGGGCCCCGCCGUAGGUAGCCGGCAGCUGUAGCGUGUGUCACUGCGUGGAAAUAAAAAGCGAAACGGG